UGGCAAGGGUGAUUUUUUUGGCGACAAAAAGUGCGACUAGGGUUUUGUGGUUUCAAGCUCACGUAAUUGACGGCCGGGCCGAUGACGGCACCGGAAUUAACUGAUUUCCCGCCGCUGGUGGGCAUGGUGAAGGAGAGUAAUGUAGUGAAGGAAGGGAAGAAGGGAUCUUGGGUAGCGGUGGCUCAAUCGACCUCCACUUUGUCUGCACAUGUGCUGACGUAUGGAUCGGAGGAAGGAAAAGAGUUUGUCGAAGUCCCGGAUGGUGUGAUCCAGGACACAGUCCCUCUAUGGGAUGAUCUUGUCGAAGGAAAAUUCAUGGACACUGCUCCACAUGUUGCGAAAAUUCAUGCAAUUGUGAAUAAAAUUUGGCCUCUGGGAAACCAGGCUAUACGGAUUGAGGUAUUUGAAGUGGAUAAGACAACAGUUAAAUUCAGGAUCAGAGAUGCUAAUACGCGAGCACGUAUUCUGCGACGAGGAAUGUGGAAUAUUGCCAAUAUUCCGAUGAUAGUAUCAAAGUGGUCACCGGAAGAGGAAGAGGAGGAGGAAGAGGAGAUCAAAAUGAUACCUAUGUGGGUAACACUAAAGAAUGUUCCAAGAAGGAUGUUUUCUUGGAAAGGUCUGGGUUUUAUCGCCAGUGCUGUGGGGAAACCUAAGAGAUUGCAUCCAGAUACAAUACUUUGUAAGAGCUUUGAAGAGGCAAAGAUUUUUGUUGAAGCAGAUAUGACAAAAGAACUACCAACAUCUCACCAUUUUAAAUCAAAACUGGGUGUAGCUGCUGAUGUCCAGUUUGAGUAUCCUUGGUUGCCACCGAAGUGUUCGUUAUGCUCUAGAUGGGGUCAUACGGGUCAAACGUGUGGAGGGAAAGGAAAGAAUAUUCGUAUACUUAAAAGGAAGGACGUGGAGAAGGAAGUAGAGAAGAAUCUCCAUGAGGCGGUUGACGUAGAUGCUGAAUCGUCAUCAAAGCAACAAGAGGCUCUUAACCCUGAUUUGCUGAUGAAUGUAACAGCUGAUUUAGCUGUGAUACCAGAAGUAGAUGAGGGGAGAAGCACUGGAAGUGAAGUGAGAAAGGAAAUAGAGGAAAGUGGGGAGGCUCAGAACAACCCUCUAAACGAUGGCAUGAGUCGUGAAGGGGAGGAAAGUGAGGAAGUGGAGAAAGAAUGGUCUGACGUCUCACCAACGAAACAGGCGAGAUCCAUCUCAAAAACAAAUGAUGAUUCCCAAAGCAUUAGUUCUCCCUCUCGAUUUGCCAUCUUGGGAGAGGAACAGGACGAGAGUGAUACUGUUGCACACGAGGAAGCAGAGGAGAGUGAGGAAGGGGAGAUCCUGGAAGAACAAUCGCUUGACGUAUCGGUGGUAGGAAUAUCAGAUAAUGCUAAGUGCAAUGAACAACAGCAACAAGGGAUGGUAGAUGGAGUUAACACUCGCAGAAUAUCUACUAGAAACACCAAAGUCCAAGCCAAGAAUGGUGCAGAUACUAAGGCUCAGAGUACUAGCAAUCUAGCAAGUGCUGUGGGGAAAAAGCGUACUGCUAAAAAAAAUUAA